AUGGAAGGUGGAGGAAGAGAAGGCUAUAAUGGAGUGGUGAUGACUAUGACACGAGACCCGAAACCAAGACUAAGGUGGACAGCAGAUCUUCAUGAUCGCUUUGUAGAUGCAGUCACAAAGCUUGGUGGCCCCGAUAAAGCGACUCCCAAGUCUGUUCUGAGGCUAAUGGGGUUGAAAGGUCUGACAUUAUAUCAUUUGAAGAGCCAUUUACAGAAGUAUAGACUUGGACAGCAGGCUAGAAAACAAAAUGAGGAACUAAACAAAGAGAAUAGUAGAUGUUCGUUUGUAAAUUUUAGCAAUCGUUCUUCGGGGCCUAACACCAGUUACAGAGAUGAUAAUGAAGGGGGAGAAAUCCCAAUAGCAGAAGCACUGAGGCAUCAGAUUGAAGUUCAAAAGAGAUUGGAGGAGCAGCUAGAGGUACAGAAGAAGUUGCAGAUGAGAAUAGAGGCUCAAGGGAAGUAUUUGCAAGCAGUGUUAGAGAAAGCUCAGAGAACCCUCUCCUCGGAUGGAUCAGUAAGUCUUGAAGCAUCAAGAGCUCAGUUGACUGAAUUCAACUCUGCUUUGUCAAAUUUCAUGGAAAAUAUGAAUAAAGAUUGCAAAGAAAACAUAAUAGAAGUGAAUGAAUUUUAUAGUAAGAACCAUGGCUCAGCUUGCCAUUAUGAGGAAGUAAGGAGAGAACAACAUAGGGAUCAAAAGCCCAAGAUUGAAGGGGAUUCAAUACAGCUUGACUUAAACAUCAAGGGUAGCAAUGACCAUGUAUCUGCAGGUGGGGCUGAAAUGGAAGCCAAUAUGAUUUCAUAUAGGGUGUAA